CGUCCAAGUUGUUGUUGUUGCGCGGCCGAGGAAAAACGGAAAAAUUGGAAACGCGGAUGAAAGCAACGGUGGUUUUCGCCCGAUGCUCGUGAUUUUCGACCGCUUUUGAGUGAAGAGAAAAACCCGCCUGUUUCAGUGCGUGCGAGUGUGUGUGUGUGCGCGCGCGUGUACGUGUUCGUUUUCCAGACGCGCCCCGCGAUUUCUGUGCUGCCGAGUGGCCCCUGUAACUACAUUUAAUUGCAGUGCAAAAUGUGGGCGAAACGUGUGCGAUAAAUCAAGGCCCGGCGGAGAGAAAAAAAGUGUAACUAGCCAGGUUGAGAGACAACCGACGAUCAAAGCGAGCGCUAAGCCACAUAUAUCGCGAAGAUAUAGCACAGACCACCCCCUAUUUUCCCCACCCCAUCAGACAAAAAACCGGCAAGACGACGUCCAAGAAGAAGCAGACGCAGCCGACGCGGCCGAAGACGAGCAGCAUGUUCAAGUGCAUUCCCAUCUUCAAGGGCUGCAACCGGCAGGUGGAGUUCGUGGACAAGCGCCACUGCUCGCUGCCGCAGGUGCCCGAGGAGAUCCUGCGCUACUCCCGGACGCUCGAGGAGCUCUUCCUGGACGCCAACCACAUCCGGGACCUGCCCAAGAAUUUCUUCAGAUUGCAUCGCCUGAGAAAGCUGGGACUGAGUGACAAUGAAAUUGGCCGCCUGCCGCCGGAUAUACAAAACUUUGAAAAUCUCGUCGAGCUAGAUGUUUCACGCAAUGAUAUACCCGACAUUCCCGACGAUAUCAAGCAUCUGCAGAGCCUGCAGGUGGCCGACUUCAGCUCGAAUCCGAUACCCAAGCUGCCCUCGGGCUUCUCCCAGCUGAAGAACCUGACCGUCCUGGGCCUCAACGACAUGUCGCUCACCACAUUGCCAGCGGACUUUGGCAGCCUCACCCAGCUGGAGUCGCUGGAGCUGCGCGAGAACCUGCUCAAGUACCUGCCCGAGACAAUAAGCCAGCUGACGAAGCUGAAGCGUCUGGACCUGGGCGACAACGAGAUCGAGGACCUGCCGCCCUACCUGGGCUAUCUGCCCGGCCUGCACGAGCUCUGGCUGGACCACAACCAGCUGCAGCGCCUGCCGCCGGAGCUGGGACUGCUGACCAAGCUGACCUACCUCGACGUGUCCGAGAACCGGCUGGAGGAGCUGCCCAACGAGAUCAGCGGCCUGGUCAGCCUGACCGACCUGGAUCUCGCCCAGAAUCUGCUCGAGGCUCUGCCCGACGGCAUUGCCAAGCUGAGCAGGCUGACCAUCCUGAAGCUGGACCAGAAUCGAUUACAGCGGCUCAACGACACGCUCGGAAACUGCGAGAACAUGCAGGAACUGAUACUGACCGAGAACUUCCUCUCCGAGCUGCCCGCCUCCAUUGGCCAGAUGACCAAGCUGAGCAACCUGAACGUGGACCGCAAUGCGCUGGAGUACCUGCCGCUGGAGAUUGGCCAGUGCGCCAACCUGGGCGUGCUCAGUCUGCGGGACAACAAGCUGAAGAAGCUGCCGCCGGAGCUGGGCAACUGCACGGUGCUCCAUGUGCUCGACGUGAGCGGGAAUCAGCUGCUGUACCUGCCCUACUCCCUGGUCAACCUGCAGCUGAAGGCCGUCUGGCUGUCGGAGAAUCAGUCGCAGCCGCUGCUCACCUUCCAGCCGGACGUGGAUGCGGAAACAGGGGAGCAGGUGCUGUCCUGCUACCUGCUGCCCCAGCAGGAGUACCAGCCAAUCACCCCAGACUAUCCACCCAUGACGCUUUAUAGAUCAAGCGAAAAAUUCGAUUCGACGGAAUUCUUCAGUUAUCAGCAGAAAGCCCGUGACCUGGAAUCCGACUCGGAGCCGUUCGAGGAGCGCGAGCCGUCGCGCACCGUGGUCAAGUUCUCGGAGGAGGCCAGCCAGGAGAAGGACACGCCCUUCGUGCGCCAGAACACGCCGCAUCCCAAGGAUCUCAAGGCCAAGGCGCAGAAGCUGAAGGUGGAGCGCAGCCGGCACGAGGAGCACGCCAACCUGGUCACGCUGCCCGAGGAGAACGGCACCAAGUUAGCUGAGACACCAACCGAGACCCGAACCAUUGCCAACAAUCACCAACAGCAGGCUCAGCCGGUGCAGCAACCCACCGUUGGUGUAAAUUCCAAGCAGCCAGUGGGCGUAGUCACUCCCACCGCGACGACAGUCGCUCCACCGGCCGUACAGGGUGGCUCAGAGGGCGGCAGCACCACCGCCAACAAUGUGAAAGUGGCAACUGCAGCUGUGGUCGCCGAACUACAGGCCACAGUUGGUGGAAACGAUGAGGCCCAAGAUGAGGACGAGCAGGAGGAUGAGUUUGAAUCCGAUCGCCGUGUGGGCUUUCAAGUGGAGGGCGAAGAUGAUGACUUCUACAAAAGACCACCGAAGUUGCACAGAAGGGACACUCCGCACCACCUGAAGAACAAGCGCGUGCAGCAUUUAACCGACAAGCAGGCCAGCGAGAUCCUGGCCAAUGCCCUGGCCUCCCAGGAGCGCAAUGACGGCACUCCGCAGCACUCGCUGUCCGGCAAGGUGACGUCCCCCAUCGAGGAGGAGGAGCAGCUGGAGGUGGAGCAGGAGCAGCAGCAGCACCCCUUCGACUCCUCGCUCUCGCCCAUCCCGGCUGGCAAAGCAGAGCCUGCCACCGACUCGGACAACCUGGAUGGCGUCACGGAGCUGCGCUUGGAGCAGUACGAAAUCCACAUCGAACGCACUGCAGCCGGUCUGGGCCUGAGCAUUGCCGGCGGCAAGGGCUCCACGCCCUUCAAGGGCGACGACGAUGGCAUCUUCAUAUCCCGGGUCACCGAGGCGGGACCCGCCGACCUGGCCGGCCUCAAAGUGGGCGACAAGGUGAUCAAGGUCAAUGGCAUCGUGGUGGUGGAUGCGGAUCACUAUCAGGCUGUGCAGGUGCUAAAGGCCUGCGGUGCCGUCCUCGUUCUGGUGGUGCAGCGGGAGGUGACCCGCCUGAUUGGACACCCCGUGUUCAGCGAGGAUGGCAGUGUGUCGCAAAUCUCGGUGGAAACGCGACCACUGGUUGCGGAGGCUCCUCCGGCUGCUUCUGUCAGCCACGAGCGCUACAUCCCGGCAGCCAUUGAAGUGGUGCCCCAGCAGCAGCAGCUCCAACAGCAGCUACAACAGCCCGUUCAGCAAGUGGCCCCCGCGCACAGCUAUUCGGGCAAUGUGUUUGCCACGCCCACGGCCCAGCCUGCCGUCGCCCCCAAUGGAUUGCUACAGAAUGGCAGGGAGGCGCCGCUGAGCUACAUCCAGCUGCACACGACGCUCAUCCGCGAUCAGAUUGGCCAGGGACUGGGCUUCAGCAUUGCGGGCGGCAAGGGCUCGCCGCCGUUCAAGGACGACUGCGAUGGCAUUUUCAUAUCGCGCCUCACGGAGGGCGGUCUGGCGCACCGCGAUGGCAAAAUUAUGGUGGGCGACCGUGUGAUGGCGAUUAACGGCAACGAUAUGACGGAGGCGCAUCAUGACGCGGCCGUCGCCUGUUUGACGGAACCGCAGCGAUUUGUUCGUUUGGUGCUGCAGCGCGAGUACAGAGGUCCUCUGGAACCGCCCACGAGUCCGCGCAGUCCGGCCGUGCUCAACUCUCUGAGCCCCUCCGGAUAUCUGGCCAACCGACCAGCCAACUUCAGUCGCUCGGUGGGUGAAGUGGAGCAGCCCUACAAGUACAGCACCCUGGCCACGACCACGCCCACUUACACACCCACGCCCACGCCCACCGUGCCAGCUAGCAUAAGCAACAAUAAUAACACGCUGCCCAGCAGCAAAACCAACGGAUUUGCAACAGCUGCUGCGGCCUCGGCUGCCUCUCCUGCUGCCACGAUAGACAGUGCCACGGGGCAGCCAGUUCCGGCUCCCCGGCGCACCAACUCGGUGCCCCUAGGCGACGGAGACCUUGGAGCGGCCUCCACCACCAGCGGCGAUUCUGGCGAGGCUCAGCCCUCCUCGCUGCGCCCGCUGACCAGCGAUGAUUUUCAGGCGAUGAUUCCGGCACACUUCCUCAGCGGCGGCAGUCAGCAUCAGGUGCAUGUGGCCCGGCCCAACGAGGUGGGCGUGAGCGCGGUCACGGUGAAUGUGAACAAGCCGCAGCCGGAUCUGCCCAUGUUCCCGGCGGCCCCCACCGAGCUGGGCCGCGUCACCGAGACGAUCACCAAGUCCACGUUCACGGAGACCGUGAUGACCCGCAUCACCGACAAUCAGUUGGCGGAACCCCUGAUCAGUGAGGAGGUUGUGCUGCCCAAGAACCAGGGCUCCCUGGGAUUCAGCAUCAUCGGCGGAACGGAUCAUUCCUGUGUGCCCUUUGGCACUCGAGAGCCCGGCAUUUUCAUAUCGCACAUUGUGCCCGGCGGGAUUGCCUCCAAGUGCGGCAAGCUGCGCAUGGGAGAUCGCAUAUUGAAAGUCAACGAGGCGGAUGUUUCCAAGGCCACACAUCAGGAUGCCGUGCUGGAGCUGCUGAAGCCAGGUGAUGAUAUCAAGCUGACCAUCCAGCACGAUCCACUGCCGCCAGGAUUCCAGGAAGUGCUGCUCAGCAAGGCGGAGGGCGAACGUCUGGGCAUGCACAUCAAGGGCGGACUGAAUGGGCAGCGCGGUAAUCCUGCCGAUCCCUCCGACGAGGGAGUCUUCGUGUCCAAAAUUAACUCGGUCGGAGCGGCCAGACGGGACGGAAGGCUUAAGGUGGGCAUGCGUCUGCUGGAGGUUAAUGGACACUCGCUGCUGGGCGCCUCGCACCAGGAUGCGGUCAAUGUGCUGCGCAACGCCGGCAACGAGAUUCAAUUGGUCGUUUGCAAGGGCUACGACAAGUCCAAUUUAAUUCAUUCCAUUGGCCAGGCCGGCGGCAUGAGCACUGGCUUCAACUCGUCUGCAUCCUGCAGCGGUGGCAGUCGCCAAGGAUCUCGUGCCUCGGAAACGGGCUCGGAACUGAGCCAGAGUCAGAGCGUAUCCAGUCUGGACCACGAGGAGGAUGAGCGUCUGCGACAGGACUUUGACGUCUUCGCCUCGCAGAAGCCAGAUGCCCAGCCAACUGGCCAAACGAUUCUGGCCGCCGCUGCUGCCAUGGUGCAUGGCACCACAUCGCCCACUCCCACUGCUGUGACUGCCACAACCACACCGGCUCCUUCUCCCGCUCCGGUGGCUUCCGCUGAUUUAACGGCCCAGGACACGCCAGCCACGCAGACCGUGGCGCUCAUUCACGCAGAACAACAGGCCCAUCAACAGCAACAGCAUCAGACGCAGCUGGCGCCCUUGGGUCAGGAGAAGAGCACCCAGGAGAAGGUGCUGGAAAUUGUACGCGCGGCCGACGCCUUCACCACCGUGCCGCCGAAGUCGCCGUCGGAGCACCACGAGCAGGACAAGAUACAGAAGACGACGACGGUUGUCAUAUCGAAGCACACGCUCGACACGAAUCCCAGCACCCCCACCACGCCGGCGGCACCGCUGCCCAUCGCCGGAUCCGCUGAGUCAGCGAACUCUGCUCCUGCUCCGGGUUCGGGGCCAGUGCUUCCUGCCGCCACCGUGCAGACACAGACGCAAACGACCUCUGAGGGCAAAGAUGCCGACGAGCAGUCGCAACUACAGCAACGCGGCACCCAGACUCCGGAUCGCCUGGCCCCCGGAGCACGUUACUCCUACCAGCAGAUGCUGGAGUCGCAGGAGGAGAGCAGAACCCCUGCCAAGGCCAGCCCAUCUAAGCCCAAGAAAGCGGAGCCCGUGUACAUCAUAGACGACGAGGAUGACGACGAUGAGGAGGAGGAAGAAGAGGAGGAUGAAGACGAAGCCGAAGACCAUGCUGGUUCCCAAAGGCUGGACGACAUCGAUGCCAUCCUGGAGGAGGACGAGGAGGAGGACACGGAGAGCUCUCCGCCCUUGGAGGUGCAGUCACCUCCCUCCUAUGCCGACACCGAUUCCGAUACCUUCGACCGGCGACGUGGUCGGUACACCAGCGAUUCGGAGAGCGACUGCCGACCCUACAAACCCUCGAGAUCGGGACGCAGCACCCCGGAGUACGGAGGUCAUCGCAAGUCCGUGAGCUUCGAUCUCAGCGGGGAUGAGCGCUCCAAGUCGGACUUCGAGCGUUCCCGGUCCCGCACUCCAGAUGGCUACACUAGGGCAUACGAUUCGGAGCAGGAUACGCGAGGUUCGAGCCGGAAUCGCCUGCCUCGCAAGGGCAUCCUGCGGGCCACCAGUCCUUGCUCCACGCUGGACAAGGCAGUGCCCAUCGUUCCCGCAGUGGCUCGCAUCCGUGAGGUGGAAUCCCCGCAGCUGCAGCGUGUUUCCAGGGCCACCUCGCCAGAUCCCCCCGCCGGCGAACUGGACCGGGAGAAUCCCUUCCGGCAUCCCACACCCGAGGAUGAUGAGUACACAAGGAUAGCCAAGGAGGUCAGCCGGUCACCGAGAUCGCCACGCUCCACCCGCGAGCAGUUCUUCUUUGGCUCCUCGCGAUCCAGUGAGGAUCUGCUAGAGCAAUCCCAGUCGCUGUCCAGCGGGCGCAGCACACCCAACACCGUGAUCUCCAAGUCCACGGAGAACCUGACGGGCACUCGACCGAAGAUACCUCCACCAGUGGCCCCCAAACCGCAGCUGAAGAAGGCGGAUCUGGUGCGCAAUGUGGCGCUGGAGACCUUCCAGAACACCGAUGUGGGCCAGGGUGACUUUACGGUGUUCGAGCACGAUGCCAGCACGAAUACCAUCCAUCCGGUGGAGGCCAAGCUGCCCGUGAGGGUGACCACCAAGACGAAACCGAAUCGCCCGCGGGAAUCGCCACCACCGCCGCCCAUUAACUUUGCCACGCUGCCAACCAAGGUGCCCAGUACGCCCACUCUGAGGGAGGUGGAGGAGUCCAUCUACAUGGAGGCCCUGCCGCCGGCCACGCCCUCGCAGUUCCGCCCCCACGAGUUCCUGCACGAGAACUCGCCGGACAAUAUCCUGGUGUCGCCGCAGGAGCACCGCGAGUAUUUGCUGCGCGAGAACGAGCUGAGGAAUCAGCUGAGGGCGCCCUAUGAGCCAGCUCCACCGGUUCCCAUUGCCGGCGGUGGAUAUUCGUCAACACCUGGAGCUGCUGGCGAGGCCGCAUCAACGCCGAGUAAAGUGCCUAAAUCGGUUUCCGAUAAAAAACGCUUCUUCGAGUCAGCCAUGGAGGAUCAACACAAGCCCACACAAAAGACAGACAAAGUUUUCUCAUUCCUGUCAAAGGAUGAAGUGGAAAAGCUGCGACAGGAGGAGGAGAGGAAAAUUGCAACAUUGCGCCGUGAUAAGAAUUCCAGAUUACUGGAUGCCGCCAACGACAACAUUGACAAGAGGGAUGCCGCCGCGGAGAAGAGGAGCCAUGGCAACAGCAGCGGCGAGGAUAAUGAUGACAGCGACCAGGGGCAGGAGCAGGAGGACUCUGUUGACAACGCCGCCCUGGGGCACUUAGCCGAUGCGGAGGACAUGAGAACCGCACAAGCACGUCUGGCGCAGACAAUGCCACAUGCCCCCAGCAAAAUACCCAAGCAGCAGCAGAAGAGGAAACCCAUUGAGGCGGCGACUCCUGUUGAUCCGCCCAAGCCCUCGCUGCUGCCCAAGCCAAAGGUCAAGGUGGUCAUUCCACCGGCACUGCAGCAGCGGCUUAAGAAACAGCAGGAGCAUCAGCAGCAGCAGCAGGAGCAGCAAUCCCAGGCCGAAGAGCCCUCGAUUCCGGAGGAGCCACCUCAUCAGCAGCCGGAUUUGUCAGCCUCCUCCCCGCCCGCCGGGGGCAGUAGGAUACCCAUAAGAACCCUGAAGGCCGAGCGCCGCGCCCUGGCCCUGGCUGCCCGCCAAUCCGGACUCAGUGUGGAGGAGUAUCUGCGGCAACUGGAGGCGCAGGAUGACCAAGUGACCCCCACUCCGCCCACCACACCCACAACGCCUACUACUCCAACUACGCCCACCGGCAAGAGCCGUUCCAUGAUUAAUGCUGAGAAGCGCGCCUCCUGGCGGGCAGCUCGUCUUCGAUCCCUGGAACAGGGGGCCGUGGAGGCCCAGGAUGUGAUCAAGAACAUGCGCAAGAUGACCGACGAUCUGAUCACCCACGAGGCCAAGGCCAGCGAGGCCCGGCCGAAAAUAGUCUUUCCGAAAAUUGCCAUAAAGUCGAGCGACGGCCCAGUCAUUGUGCGCGAACGCGAGAAAAUACUCGAUGAGAAGAUUGUGCGCCGCACUGAGGAAGUGGCAUGCCCCAUUACGGGGCGACCUCAACUGCGCACCGUCGAGUACAUUGAGAAAAUCAUCGAGACGGAGGUGGAGACCUGCAAGGAGCGCAUCAUAUCCUUGGAGCUGCAGGUGCCCGAAGCCGAGGACGAGGUCAGGCUGGAUGACACCCAGCCGCCGCUGGAACUGCAGGCAGAUGACUUCCAGGACGAGGAGGAUGACGACCAGGAGGAUGAGGAAGAUGACGAUGAAGAGGACUAUGAGGAUGAUGAUGAUGAGGAGGAGGAGGACACCGCCUCCAUAGUCACGGUGCAGGCCAACAAUGAGAAGCUGUUCCUGCGCCACGACUCCGAUCCCUACGGCCCCUCGUCCAUUGAAAGCGUGGCAUCCGGCAAGGUGCGCAUCAAGCCCACGCCCCUGUCCCUGCACCAGACCCUGGCCAAGGAGACCACCAUUGUGGAGGUCCUGAAUCCCGUGAUUGGAGGCGACGGCAGUGCCCGCACCAUCCAUGUGAGCGGUGGCCUGCCCUUCGACGAGGACGACGGCUUCGAGCAGGGCGCCAUGGCCGUGCUUCGCAGCGAAACUUUCGUCCUGCCGGGAGGCGCCGCCGGCGGUGGCAGGUCUGAGCUGUCAUUAAAUGCUAAAAUGAAAACCGUGCUCGAGGAGCUGCUGGAGAACGAGCGCGUCAAAUUGAAUUUGCAAAAGAGCCUCGAGGAGGAUGAGCACGAGCGCGAGGAUGAAGAUGAGGAUGAGGAGGAUGGCAGUGCCUAUGGCGACGCGCGGGACGACGAGGAGAGCGCCUACGGCGAUGCCAUGGACGAUGUGGUUGACUUUGGUCGCCCGGCCGCUAAUGACCAGGAUGAUGCCAAGAACGGCAAUCAGCAGCUGCUCGAGGAGCUGAUUAAGGAUAGCAACCGCAACACAAUCAUUGCCAAACUGGCGGGCCAACUGUCGGACGACGAUGAGGAGGACGACGACGAGGAGGAGGAGGAGAGCAGCGACUCCUCCGACGAGGAUAGCGAGGAUUCCGACGAGGAGGACAAUGCCCAGGAGCAGCUGAAUGUCACCUAUGUGCAGGGCGCCCAGGUGAUCGAGAAUCUCAAUACUUUGGCAACAGGUAGUAUGCUGCAAAAGUCGCACACCUAUACAACCAUCAAGGAGGCCACUGAAGAGGAGGAGAAGGAGGAGGAGGCCAGGGAGGAGAGCACCAAACUGGAGGAGGCACCCACCUGCGGAUCUGAUACCCUGGCCCAGCUACAGGCCGAGCAACGCGCCCUGGCCGAGAUCUCAAAGCAGCUGCGCAAGUCUGUGGAGGAUUUGCUCAGCGCCGAAGGCGACACGGUGGUGGAGACCCAAAGGACCUACACUCUGCCCGCUCCCAGCGACAGUGCAGCCGUGGUCACCGUCACCGAGGUGGUCAAGAAGCAGAAGAAGAAGAAGGUGGGUGAGUCUGGCGAGGAGCUGUUCAACCGCCUGCUCAGUGCGGGCGAGUCGGAGCGUCAGAUCUUCGACCGGCAGCAGGGCGAGACCAUUACGACCACCACGACGACCACAGAGGCUGUGAGCUCCGAGGACAACGAGCCGAGCACCAGUGUGGUGACCACCACGCGGACCGUGUCCAACAUUGUGACGAGCGGCAUUCCCAGGCCGGAAUCCGGCAGGCAGAACAACCGCAGCAGCAGCAGUGGCGGCGGCAACAACAAUAACCGCAACAAGAACAAGCGGAAGGGCAAAAAGAAGUAGAGGGACGGAGGAUAGAGGAUUUCCGGUUAGCAGCUGGAAGGAAAUGGGCCAAAGUGUUGAAGUUGCGUAAACGCCGUGUGGUGGGUAUGGGUUGGCUAUGAGUAUAUGGCAUGUGAUCCAAGCGAAUCCUGGAGUCCCGAUUACACGCACAACCCCUCGCACAGAAACACCGACCCAAAACCAUCCACACACAGACAGACAUAUCAGCGCGUCUGAGGGCUCGCUGUCAUCAUUUUAUAUAUAACAAUCCGCCACUAAUUGUAUACAUAUGUAAAUUAUGUAUGUACGAUAUUCGCAUAUGUAUUGAUAAUUUUAAUUAAUUGUGCAAAUAACGCGUCCCCAGCAUUUACAGCAAGCCCAUUUGUUACUAAUCAUGAGCGUGUACAUGCAUUUAAACAAAAUAUUUUCAUUGCAAAUUAAAAACAAAUCGAAUCGCGCAAUGGUAGAUUGCAAGAAUUUAUCGGUAAAUUGUAAAUUUAAUGUUGUGCAGCAACCACAAAGAAACGACAACCCACACAAAUCGCCCAUCAGAAUUGAAUUAAUAUGAAAGCAGCUCGAGAGCGGGAGAAAAAAAUAACAAAAAUCUUAUUUAAUUGAAUUAAAUAAUUUCACUUUGUUUGCAUUUAACUAUCAUUUGCAUACACAGCAUCUGGUUUUUCUCCCCCCAUUUUUUUUCGACCGUUUGGGCCUUGCUUAUUUUCCGCAAAUUAAAUUUACGUUUUAUGUUCUAGCACAAAAAGUAGGAGCCUUCGCAGCCGGCGGAAGUAUUCGAGAUGAGAUCCCUUACGAACCAUCUAUAAACUUUAAGCAUUCCCGACUGCCCGCGUUUUUGGGGCAUACUCUUCUUAGUUCUUAGCCCUAAGCAAAAAGCAACCAUAAACUGAAUUCGAAACGAGCGAAAAAGCGAAGAGAGAAGAACAAUUAAAAUAACCAUAACGAAUAAUAGUAGUUAGCAGUGAGUAAGUGCGUCCAGUUGUAAUCCCUAGUUUGUAACACAAGGCAUAAGCACAACUAUGACAAAUGUCCUAUGGCGAUUGCGAUUUCAGUUUCCACUUUUAUACAAAUGUAAAAAUAUUUACAAGCAAUUUUAUGUAAUACCUAUAUGAUAUCUAGUGUGUAAACUCGUCUUUUUAUGAAAAAGGAAAGCGAACCGCUGAACGCAAAACGAAUGAAAAUAAACAAAUUGUAUGCAUUUUUAUUUAAAAAGAAA